AUAUUGGAGAGAGAGAAAGAGAGAGGUUUCUCUGGUCACACAUCUUCUCCCAUUUCCAUCUCUUUGUCUUGGUCUAAUUUGCAUUCCAAUCUUCUUCUUCAUCAUCUUCUUUCUUUCUUUUUUUUCUUUAGCAAUCGGGGAGUAAGGAAUAUUUGGAAGAACAAAGCGAGAGGAAAGGGGUGAGAUACGGUAUACAGGGGCCAUAUAUUGGGGAGGAUGAACAUGGCCUCGGUUCUCUACUCUUCCUCCUCUUAGAUCUUACUCUUUUUUCUGUAUUUUUCUUCAAUCGGAUGUUAACCCAUUAAAAUCUGGAAUUGAAAAUCAACAUUUUUGCUAUUUUGGAUUGACCCUUUUCGAUCUUAGUUAGUAUUGGGUGUUUUUUUCCCAAACCGAAGAGCUCUGAAUUCUGUCUGGAGGAUCCGAUUGGCAUUAGAUUCAAUCUGAAAUUUUGCAAAUUUGUGGGUUGUGUCAAUUCAUAGAAGAAAGGAAAAUGCAAUCUGAUCUUGGGAAGCUGUUCAUUGGUGGGAUUUCUUGGGAUAGCAAUGAAGAUCGUCUGAAGGAGUAUUUUAGUGGUUAUGGAGAGGUUUUGGAGGCAGUGAUAAUGAAGGAUCGGAACACGGGUCGGGCUCGUGGUUUUGGUUUCGUUGUCUUUUCUGAUCCUGCUGUGGCUGAAAGAGUUAUCAAAGAGAAGCACAACAUUGAUGGCAGGAUGGUUGAGGCAAAAAAGGCUGUUCCAAGAGAUGACCAAAACACAGUUAUGAGUCGAAGCAGCAGCAGCAUUCAGGGUUCUUCUCCUGGACAGGGACGAACAAGGAAGAUAUUUGUUGGCGGCUUAGCAUCCUCUGUAACCGAGACUGAGUUCAAGAAUUAUUUCGAGCAAUUUGGUACCAUAACCGAUGUUGUGGUGAUGUACGAUCACAAUACACAGCGUCCAAGAGGCUUUGGCUUCAUUACCUACGAUACAGAGGAUGCAGUGGACAAAGUAUUGCUCAAGACCUUUCAUGAGCUUAACAAUAAAAUGGUUGAAGUCAAACGUGCUGUGCCUAAAGAGCUAUCACCAGGUCCUAGCCGGAGUCCCCUUAUUACUGGGGGGUAUAAUAACUACAGUGUGAGUAGGAUCAAUACUUUCCUCAAUGGUUAUAAUAAUCAAGGGUUCUCUCCUAGUGCAAUGGGUGGUUAUGGUAUGAGGAUGGAUGGAAGGUUUAGUCCAAUUGCUGCUGGCCGAAGUGGGUUUGCCCCAUUUGGAUCUGGGUAUGGGAUGGGUUUGAACUUUGAACCGGGAUUGAGCCAAAGUUUUGGAGGAAAUGCUAAUUUCAAUAAUCCUCUUAGCUAUGGAAGGGGGGGAAUGAACCAACCUUACUAUAUUGGUAAUUCAAAUAGGUUUGCUAAUCCCAUUGGCUAUGAUGGAGGAAAUGGAGGAGGAAACUCUUCGUUUUUUAGCUCAGCAUCUCGGAAUUUGUGGGGGAGUAAUGGUGGGCUUAAUUACGGGGCAAGCUCACCAAACUCGAGCGGUUACAUGGGUUCUGGAAGUGGCACUAUUGGAGGCAAUCUUGGCAAUAAUAGUGGAAUUAAUUGGGGCUCUUCUCAGCUUACUAACCACCAAAGUGGGGGAAACAUAUCUGGUUAUGGGGUUAAUAAUGACAACAAUAAUAAUAUCAGUUAUGGAAGAACCAAUUCGGGUAUCACCGGAGCUCCAACUUCAAAUAUCAGUUAUGAUGGGUCCUUUUCAGACUUAUACAAUAGUAGCUCGGUUUAUGGUGGUGACCCUACUUGGGGUUCACCCAAUCCUGAAAGGGAGGGGUCUGGCUCUUUUGAUUAUGUGCUGGGAGGAGGAUCUGAUGUUCCGGCUAAAAGUUCUCCUGGCUAUGUUGGUGGUUAUAGUGUUGUUAAGAGACAGUCAAACAGAGGAGGCUUACCCGGCUAGUAGAUGACAAGAAUCAACAUGGUUAAGUAGGUGAAGUAGUAGUCUGUGCAGAGCUGCGGAACUGAGGAAAUUUGCACACUUCCUAAUGAACAAUAUAUAUCUUGGUCAUGAAAGAACUCGAAGGGAUUCUUUAUCUUGUUAUCUAGGGCUAACUGGAUUGCCUGUUUUGAAAAAAAAGAAAAAAAGAUUGAGUUUUUACCAAAAAUACAUACAUUACAGGAGAUUCUGUGUUAAGAGGAUUGAGUUUUUGGGGUUAUCAUCUUAGUUUUUUUAUUUUAUUUUAUUUUGUUUUUGUUUGAGUGAGAUGUAAAAUCAGAUUGCGGCAUCAUGAUGAUCAGAGGAACCAUGCGGAAUAUAUCUCUGGUUGAGGAAGGCGAUCCGUAAGAAAGAUAGACUAUGAUUGUUUUGUUGUUGUUGGUUGUUGUCAGUUAUUACGCAAAGUUGCAGAUUUUUAUCGGUUUAAUAAUCCUCGGAUUUUGUUUAUCCUAGUGAGUUUGUACCGUAAACAAUUGUUGUUGUUUUUUUACUAGUGUGGAACCCAUGUAGGGUCUUCCCAUUUUAUAGCUCGUAUUCGUCGUCGUGUCUUUGACUCUAAUACUCUAUUAUAGAAAGCUUUAUUAUGAU